UUCAUUUUUUUUUUACCCCAAAAAUGUGUCUCUAGUCUUUACAAGCGCGUAUCGUUUGCUGCCUUAUAUAGGUUAUCAUGGCAUAAACCCCUCUAACUCUUCACCUCAAUAGAGUUCAGCAGGCCUCCUGUCCAUUUCUCUACUGUGUUUGCAGAAAGAGAUUGGGAACCAAAGCUAAGCCCCUGCUCUGCCCUGCCAACCAAGAAACCAGUUGUUUAGGAAAUGGAGAAAGGAGAGAAUGCAAAUGAUUUUGGUCGUGGUCUUGACCACAAGGACGAUGAUUUCGACCCAAGUGCGCCGCCUCCAUUUAGGAUAGCUGAGAUCCGAGCCGCCAUUCCCAAGCAUUGCUGGAUCAAGAAUCCAUGGAGGUCCUUGAGUUACGUUCUCAGGGAUGUCUUUAUGGUCUUUGCAUUGGCAGCGGCUGCAAUCUACCUCAAUACUUGGAUCUUUUGGCCGCUUUACUGGGCUGCUCAGGGAACAAUGUUCUGGGCUAUAUUUGUCCUUGGACAUGAUUGUGGCCAUGGAAGCUUUUCCAACAGUACCCUGCUGAAUAGUUUGAUGGGGCAUCUCUUACAUUCUGCAAUUCUCGUUCCCUACAACGGCUGGAGAAUCAGCCACAGAACGCACCACCAGAACCAUGGGAAUGUUGAGAAUGACGAGUCAUGGGUUCCGUUAACAGAGAAGUUGUACAAGAGUUUGGAUCAGGGUACCCGGAAGCUAAGAUUCACAGUGCCUUUCCCCCUGUUUGCAUAUCCUUUUUAUCUGUGGAGCAGAAGUCCAGGAAAGGAAGGCUCUCACUUCAACCCAUACAGCAACUUGUUCGCCCCAAAUGAGAGGAAAGAUGUGAUAACUUCUACUCUGUGCUGGUCUCUAAUGGCUGCUCUGCUUAUCUACCUAUCCUUUGCAGUAGGUCCUAUCCUAAUGCUAAAGCUUUACGGUGUUCCUCACUUGACUUUCGUAAUGUGGCUGGACUUUGUGACCUAUUUACAUCACCAUGGUUAUGAGCAGAAACUUCCUUGGUACCGCGGCAAGGAAUGGAGUUAUCUACGAGGAGGGCUUACAACAGUUGAUCGUGAUUAUGGAAUUUUUAAUAACAUCCACCAUGAUAUCGGCACCCAUGUUAUACACCAUCUCUUCCCUCAAAUCCCACACUACCAUCUAGUGGAAGCGACUAAGGCAGCAAAACCAGUGCUGGGAAAGUACUAUCGGGAGCCAAAGAAAUCUGGGCCAAUUCCCCUUCACUUGAUCGAGAGUCUAGUAAGAAGCAUUACUGAAGACCACUAUGUCGAUGACAGUGGAGAGAUCGUCUACUAUCAGACUGACCCUGAGUUGUAUAAAUCUUUGAAGAGCAAGGCUAUCUGAUCCUCAUGUCAGGGUUCAAUCCAACGGGGGAUGUGGCUUUAGUACUAGCUUAAACUCUCUUUCUGAUCCUAAAGAACUGGACAAUUGCUGUCUAGAUAGAUAGGGGCGGUGGGGGGGCACUUAUGUUUUCUUAUUUUUUUUUCGUUUCCAAGACCCUUAUCCUUUUCAGAACAAGGGAAGAAGGAUGGAUGCAGUAGUUUUAUGAUGUAAUCUAAACUUUUGUAAAAGGUUAUCUUUCUGAAUAAUGUUAAGGCUUGAAUUGGCUACUCAAAA